CCUCGACACUCUUCGACCAUGUACCGUUCGGCAGCUCUUCUCUCCUUCUCCCUCCUCGCUGUUGUCUACGGCCAGCAGGUCGGCACACAGACGGCGGAAAACCACCCCAAGCUCACCGUCUCGCAAUGCUCAGCGGGUGGCAGCUGCACGACCGAGUCUAGGUCUGUCGUUCUUGACUCGAACUGGCGCUGGCUCCACACCACGAGCGGCACCACGAACUGCUACACCGGCAAUACCUGGGACGCGUCUCUGUGUCCCGACCCGGUAACCUGCGCCCAGAACUGUGCGCUGGACGGCGCCGACUACUCAGGUACCUACGGUAUCUCGACCAGCGGCAACGCGCUUACCCUCAAGUUCGUGACGAACGGCCCCUACUCCACCAACAUCGGCUCACGCGUGUACUUGAUGUCGGCCGACGACACCAACUACGAGAUCUUCAAACUCAAGAACCAGGAGUUUGCCUUCGACGUAGACAUGUCCAACCUGCCAUGCGGCCUCAACGGCGCUUUGUACUUCGUCGAGAUGGACGCCGACGGUGGUCUCUCCAGGUUCCCCAACAACAAGGCCGGUUCCAAGUACGGAACCGGUUACUGCGACACGCAGUGCCCCCAGGACAUCAAGUUCAUCAAUGGCGAGGCCAACAUCCUCGGCUGGACCCCUUCGUCCUCCGACAGCAACGCCGGAACCGGCCAGUACGGCUCGUGCUGUAACGAGAUGGACGUUUGGGAGGCCAACAUCAACUCGGCGGCUGUCACCCCUCACGUCUGCAACGUCCAGGGCCAGACCCGCUGCUCCGGUACUCAGUGCGGCGACGGUGACGAGAGAUACGACGGCAUCUGCGACAAGGACGGCUGCGAUUUCAACUCGUUCCGCAUGGGCAACCAGACGUUCCUCGGCCCGGGCAAGACGGUCAACACCAACUCCAAGUUCACCGUCGUCACCCAGUUCCUCACCUCCGACAACACCACCACCGGCACGCUCCACGAGAUCCGCCGCCUGUACGUGCAGAACGGCAAGGUCAUCGCGAACUCGAAGACCAACAUCGCCGGAAUGAGCCAGUUCGACUCCAUCACGGACGACUUCUGCAACGCCCAGAAGACCGCGUUCGGCGACACCAACUCGUUCGAGAACCUCGGCGGUCUCAACGUCAUGGGUCAGGCCUUCGACAAGGGCGUCGUGCUGGUGAUGAGUGUCUGGGACGACCAUGAGGCGAACAUGUUGUGGCUCGACAGCGACUACCCCACCACCUCGUCCGCCUCCACCCCCGGUGUCGCUCGCGGCACAUGUGCCACCACGUCAGGCGUGCCCGCCAACGUCGAGUCGCAGAACCCCAACUCGUCGGUCGUGUUCUCUAACAUCAAGAUUGGCCCCAUCGGCUCGACAUACACCGCCUAGAGGCUGGAUUCCCUGAUUUUACGCAUGUCUCGUCUGUAGUUGAUCGUAUCGCUUGUUUCUGCUAUGUUUGUUUGUUGCAAUUUCAUCAUGGGCUCGCAUCAGUACAUAUCAUGAUCGCUCAUUUGUGACUACGUGCAAAAAUAAAAUGGUGUACCAUGCAUUCUGAUUGCCAAGAUUGUGAACUGUGUGAAUCAUGGAAAUGUUACCAACUAAUUGCCUCCUUAUUGUGUUGCUGACGCGAAGGGCUGAGCGCUGAUAGCUUACAGGACGAGAGUCUCGCAGUGAAGAGUGUCUCUUGUCGGUAUUUAUUGGGAUGUUCCACUUGAAUCGUUUCUACGAUAUACAACAUCGGAUUGUUCAUG